AUGAAGGAACAUUGUUUUAUCAGGAAGUUGACAGGACAGCCAGCAAACCAUGUCUUAUGUUGUUUCAAGAGCAAAGAGUCACAGAAACGUCAAGCUGCAAGUUGUUUGGGUAUGUACAAAAUGUUCUGCUAUGCAAUGAGAUGUUCAGCUUUGACUCACCUAGAAAUGUUUCCAGGUAGUGAGCGAUCUCUACAGAAUCCAUCAGCGGUCAUUGUUGGCAUCUCAUGUCUCAGUUAUACUGGAGAUACUCUAAUCAAUCUCGUCUCAGUUAUACUGGAGAUUCUCUAUCCUAGAGCUCUCAGAAUCUACCAUGCUUCAUUACCAGAACUACCUGGACAUUCUUCAAGACAUACUGACAUACAAUCCAGGAGUGUCCUUGGAGCUAAGUAUAGAGUCUCAACUGAUUACAGUAUGUGUGAAAAUACUGAAGAUGUACUUGAAAUGCAUGUUGUCUGA